GCGUGGUCUGCGCCUGAGUCCUGGCACCAGUCUGCUCUGCAAGCAGCGAGAGGUGGAGAGAUUUUCCCCAUCACACACUCUGACUGUCACACGCACACACACGCACACACACACUCUCAGCGAGAGAAACGGGACACAUCCUAAACGUAACAGGACUAUGGACCUGAGCCUGCGAGAUGCUCUGGGUGGUGGUGGUGGUGGGGUCCCAGGUGGGGCCCCUGCUGAGGCCCUACUGAAGAGAGAUUUUGUGGCCACACUGGAAAAGGAGAGCUAUGAUGACAAGGUGGGGGAGACAGUCUCCAAGAGCGACUACCGACCUUUACUGGAUGGAAAGGAUACCAAGAGUGGUCCAGGGAUGAUGUCAUCCACGAUGUCAUCAGGCGGACGCCAAGACCCACCAGGACAGCCAGCCUUCAGCUCUGACUACCUGUCUGGUCCUAUGAUGGGUGGGAUGACUGAUCAGUGGAGCUUGAACAAGACAAAGGACAGCAGCAUGCCUGAUUCAUUUCUAGGCUUCUCUCAGUCUGGGAUGGGAGGGACCAUGGGGUCCAGCCUGCCGCCGUUCCAGACCAGUAUGACUUCUACUCUUGGCCAGACUGGGAUGAAACCAGCUAUGGACACCCAGAAGAGUUCCAGCUUGUUUGGUGUGGAAAACAAAAGCGCCACUAACACCAGUGGGAGCAGUCCCUUUAAAACCAGUGAUCCAUUUUCUUCUGGCAGCCCGGGAAUCCACACUGUGGAUCAUUCUGCAGCUCCCGUCCUCUCUCCCAGCGGCUCAAUGGAUGACAGCAGCCCCACAUCCUCCAACUCUGAACCCCUCAGCCCCGAGAGAGUGGGGCCGGGGGGCGAGGCUGGCAAGCAGCAGCGGCGGCGGAAGAAGAAGAGGAAGGGCCGCGACGAGGUCUACGACUUCCUGGAUAGCCAGGAGAAUGACGUCGGCCAUUUAGACAAGCAUGGGACGCAGGAUAAGGGCAGAGGGGAGGCGGAGGAGGAUGAAGAUGAGGAGGAGAACUGGGAGUGGGAGAUCAGAGAGAGUGGAGGAGGCGGUAGGGUAAAAGGCAGGAAGGUUAAGAGUCGGGCAAGACUUCCAGAGGAGUGGGGAGCGCCCCAGCAGCCUGUUUCUCCCACACCCGCUACUGUGGCUCCUAAAUGGGAUACAGCUACUGAUCCUUGCCCUACUGAACCCAAAGCUCCAAGCUCCAGCACCAGCCCUGCUUUCCCUUCUGCCCCUGAACAAAUACCCACAAGUUUCACCAACUGUUCCCAUGUUAGCCUUGCAACAGAUUCCUCUCCACGCUCCUAUGAGCCCAUGUCUGUAGAUGAUUUCCCCAUGUCUGCUAAAGAUGGACAAAAGGCAAACGAGGGGAAAGUUUCAAAUAGUAAACCUGAAGCCCACACUGGCUUAGCAGCUAAUGCUACCAGCAAGACUGGUUUAGCUGGGGAUGUCAGCAGAAGUUUAGCGAUAAUGUCAGGCGACAAUCUGAGCCCAGUCUCCCAGACCUUCUCGUUCCUCGAUUCAGUCCUCCAGACCCCUCCGGGCUCCACCCCUGACUCACAGACCACGACCCCUAUCACCAACACCCCCUUCCUUACCACCGCUUCCCUGACCAAGUCCACCCCGACCGAAGCCACCGUCCCUGCUUCACCAGCCUCUUCUGGUAUCAACCCUUCCAAGAGCACUCCAUACCUUCCUCCCACUUCCACUCUACCCACCAAUCCAUCACCAUUAGUUCCUGCAGAAACGCGCUCUCCAGCGACUGCAGUCGGGUCAGCCCUCAAUGUUGAUGCCAAGCCGUUCAUUCCCUCGGCCUCACUCAUGUCCUCCACUAGUUCAACUGCAGCCAGUCCUAUUGCCAGUACAGGAGUAGCAGCCUCUGCUGGAAUCAGUGCUCCCAUGACCAUCUCAGCCACGCCCCUUAGUUCUUCAGCCUCUCCCUUUAAGAAUGAUGCCAGACCCCCAUCAUCAUCAUCAGACACUCCCCCGAAAAGUGCAGCCACACCCCUUAGCUCGGCCACACCCCCUCCCUCCAUCGCCCACGCAGCCCCUCCCUCUCUCCCUGCACACUCAGAGCACCUGGAGUCCUCGUCGCUACAGCUCCCCCCACUGGAAGUGAAAACGGACAACAAGGACAAGCAGGAGAAGGCAGACAUCAUGUCCAGCAAGACGGACAAGAUCGACAGCUUUGACAAGAAAGAAGAGCAGAAGAAGGACAACGGCCAAGACAAGAACCAGAAGUCUGAGAAGAUCCUCAAAAACGAGGAAAAGAUGGAGAAGAUGAAUGCAGAGAAAAACCACAAGGCCAACGAGAAGGCAGAGAAGGUGGACAAGCCAGAGAAGACCAACAAAGAUGAGAAGAAAGAAGAGGAUAAGAAGCCAGCUGAGAAGAAGGACGACAAGGGAGGAAAAGGCACAGCCAAGUCUCCAACGGGCAAUGGUAGCAAGACCCUGCCAAGCCCUGACAGCAAGAGCAAGCCUGAUGUGGGUUCAACCAAACCAAACUCUGCUAAAUCUCGCCCAUCCACCCUCUCUACCAAUGGUGAGGCCAACUCGGCCAAACGCCCCUCCCCCACUGCAACUUCUGCAAAUAAAAAAAGCCCUGUACCCAAGGCAACCACACCUACUGCUGCCAAGCGGGCUGCAACAGCAAGUGGCCCCACCAAGGCUGCCAAGGCUGCUGAAAAUGUCGAGAAACGCCCACCGGUGCAAAAGGCCACGCCCACACCCUCUCCAGGCGCCAAUAAGAAUGGGUCAUCUACAACUUCUGCAAGCAAAUCUGCAGCCACAGCUAACAAGAAUGGCAAGACUGAGAACAAGACAGGAGAGGCCAAGAAACCUAAGGCUACAGCCCGUCCUCGCCCGGCUUCCACUGCCGCUCCUGCCACUCCUGCUGCAUCCACUAACGGUGACUCCGCCACCACUCAUCGCCGUCGGGUCAUCACCAAGCCCCCCGUGCCCAAGCAAACCCCAAUGGAAAAGAAGCCGCCGGUCCCCCGCGCUCCGCGGACCCCUCGACCAAUAAAUGCACCAACACCAGACUUGAAGAACGUGCGCUCCAAGAUUGGGUCCAUUGAUAACAUCAAAUACCAGCCUGGCGGAGGAAAGGUCUCCUCCACCCCGAACAACAAGACAUCAGACCCCUCCACCCCUGCCGCCAAGGCCAGAGUUCAGAUAGUGCACAAAAAGCUGGACUUCAGCCACAUCACCUCUCGCUGUGGCUCCAAGGACAAUAUCAAACAUGUCCCUGGAGGUGGCAAAGUGCAGAUUCUCAAUAAGAAGGUUGACGUGAGCAAGGUGACUUCCAAAUGUGGCUCCAAGGACAACAUCAAAUACAAGCCAGGUGGUGGUGAUGUGAAAAUUGAGUCCCAUAAGCUUAACAUCAAAGCAAAGUCUAAGAUUGGAUCCCUUGACAACGUGGGGCCAGGCAAUGGGCAGACCAACGGACACAAGGAGGAGAAAACAGAGGAGAAGACAUCUUCACCCCCAAGUGGCGCUCAGACAACCGGACCAGAAGGAGUUGCUAAGGCAACAGCACCAGGAAGUGUUGCCAAGGAGAAUGGCAUGAAGGAGCCCACACCCACUCCUUUUGGGGGGGAUGGAUUGAGGGAGCCCCUCAGCUUAGACAAACGCAUCACUGAGACAAACUGAGUCCCAGUGACCUGCAGAUUUUGGUGGGACACACAUGGCACUCGCCAACCUGCCAAUCAACUGACCAACCAAUCUACCACGGCGCAGUCACUUCCUUCUGGCCCCGCCCUUCAUCUCGCCCCACCGCAGCACCAAACCGACUGAUCGCCUCUCAGUGUACCUCUGGGGUCCGCCUGCCAGCCUCCUGCUACCAACCCCAACCUUACACCUCUCGACCCCCUUGACUUGACCUUUAAGCCCUGCCUUCCACAGAGAAGAGUACCUGCUGUUUGUCUGUGUUUCUUUGUGUGAGGUUCCACCAGCUUCUCGACUGAUAAAAUUUCCUCGUGAGCACUGACUUAGAAGACAUAGACCCUAAACCCCAAAUCUAUCAGCCCUGAUGCAAUAACCCCACUAUCAGUCAGUGCUGUACAUUUCAAAACCACUUAGACCCUCCCAACCUUGUCCACAGACCUAUGCUAACACUUACGAUUUCUUACAACAAUCUUACAAUUUAUUUCUCGUCACAUAUCUCUGUGUCAUUGCACCGCUUAGUCUCCUCAAAAUUCAUCAUAGUGUUCCUGAUGAGUCCAGAGGACAAGAUAAUCUAGAAUGCAGUGACGUCUGAACAUAGGUCUAAAGAUGGAUUUUAGCUUUAGUGCAGAAACCUCUAGGAUGUCAGACAAUUACUCUGUUAUUCCUGCCAAGUAAAUAUGAAGAGGCUUUAACAAAGCAGAUGAAUUUACUACCACUGGAAGCAUAAUUUAAUGAUAGUGUGUGAUAAUCAUCAAGGUCAGAGGAGCAGGAACUGGGGAGGUCUGUUGCUUCUCUGUGAGGCCUUGGAUUAAAAAGGAUUUGCCAGUGAAAACAAGUAUUUGAUCUCGGAGCCAGAAUUUUUUUUUUUUUAAAGUUAAGAUCACUCCUUCCCCCUUGAAGGCUUGAUUCAGACUGAAGGAGUGAUUUUGAACCACGUGUUUAACUUCAUGAAGAUGAGUAUUAAUCCCUGGAGUUAAACCUCUUAUUGCAAUUUUCAGUCAGGCAACGUGAAAGUAUUGAUGCAUGGUACACUAUGUAUAUAUGUAGCACUUGGACAGUGUCAACCAGAGUUCAGUCACACCAGCAAAAUAAAUGGCAACAUUUCAAGGGUAGAUCAGUACUGAUCAGUGGAGCUGCCGUCAGUCAUGGUUCACUUGUGCAGGCAAAUGGCUCACAUCAAGUUUAACCUUAUUUAAGUUGCUACAGAGCUAACUGACUUGCUAAUUUUGGGCCAUCAACCAUUAACCUGCUGCUCUGACAUUACUGACCACUGAAAAACAGGAAGGUGGACGCUAUUAUAGCUCAUUCGUGUGUUGCUCCUGUGUUUGGAUAUGAAAAAUGAUAAGGAGUCAGUAAAUUCUACAAACACAACUCACUUGCUUAGAGCUCUCCUUUCCCCACCUCCUCAGUAAAUAAUUUAAAUGAUAUAAAAUCAUCUAAACAAAAGGCCAGGGCAGAGUACGGAGAAAAUAGAGGGCCUGAAAUCUAGCACUAGCAUGCUCGCCAGUCGCAGUGUUCAGUACGUAGAACGUUUGUCCAUAUAUCAUGGUGUACACAGGAUGGGGCAUUUGCCUCUUGGAAUAAUGAGGAUGAUGCUUUUGCACCAUUUAACAGUCAUGUUGCAGAGGUGAUGUUGUGGCGCCCCGAUUUGGAUCAGUCCUGAUCACGUGGUCUUAGCACAAUCUACUGCGGACGUGUCAGUGCUGCAGUUUUUCUCAGCUUGAUGAAAGUACUUUUAAAAAGCUACCAUAAAAAGCACCUUAACCAACUAUUUCAGUAAAUGACUUACAACCUUUAAUCUUGAUCUGUAAAUAACGCAGCGUAUGUGUAUGAUCUUUUGCAUGACAUGAACUUCAGUCCUGUCAAUAACUGCAACUACGUCCCCCUGCACUGCAGUUCUUCAGUUCUCGCACUGAAAACAAACCUUCCACGGUUCUUUCAUUCCUUUUCCUACAUGAGCGCCCCCCUGUGAGAGACCCCAGCGGUCACCCUGAGCUGUGUCUAGUAUUUCCAGUUUGUGUGUGGCGAUUAGAGACAGACAGACAGCACUUUCCUUCUCUUGUGCGGGUCUCUUGUGGCAAUUCCCGGCCGCGUGGUUCCCCCCAGCGCAGAGGGGCUGGCGGCGCUGCAGAGCCACGGCCUCCUGUAAAGUCCUCCCUCUAGCCGGCGCAUCAUAAAAUGCACUCUGUCGAAGCCGCUAGCUUACUUCACACACGUACACAUAAGCACAGAUGGACACAGGAAAGCACACACAUGCUGGUUGGGGUGCAUGCACACAUACAAACACACACAAACAGUUUACUGCACAUAGUUUAAUGCAAAUAAAAACGGUACGUCUGUUCAUAAAGAAUUUCUCCAUCCUAGAAUGAAACCCACUCUUUAUUGUGUUUUGGUGGUCUAUGCUGAUACUGUUAAAACAACGAUGAGCUGUGUCGGUGUGUUGUUCCCAGUGUGUAGUCACUGUCUGACAUUCUCAUCGUAGGCUCACCUCGCCCUGCCUCCUUUUGUCUGUUACCUCUUUCCGAGUCUUCAACUCUCUGACAGCAAUAUAGCGACAUAUUAGUAGGGAAGGCCUCCUGUUACUCGUGCAUACACAUGACGUACAGACAGAGAUGGACAGAGUUAACCAGUAGUUUGGAGAGGAGCAGGUUCACCUGCAGGGAGGGAUGUUAGUUAAAAGGAAUAAUGUUACAUUCAUGGCAAAUCUGAAGCUGGUUUGCAUCUGGUUGCAAUCAAGCCACUUAUAGUGACUACUCAUAUUAGCCAAUGAUCAGGUUUCUGGUCUUAUGUGUUUCCUGGGAUUUCUUCUACCCUUUAUCACUAGUGUAAAUAGAUAAGUAGUUAAGUAAAUAGCUUUUUAAAUGCUCCCUUUUACAUAUUUGUUCAGCUUUUUUGUUGUUUUAUAUAGCAUAUCCCUAGAUACAUUACAUACAAUAACAAAGUGUCAUUCUUAAUUUUUUUUUUUUUUUUUUUUUAAUAAAAGAAUAUACUACACUGGACAUCAGGAAGUGCCCAGCUCCAAAAAGCCAUGAAUGCAGCAGUAUGUCAGUGAGGUGGAUCCAAGAAGAUACUGUUGUUGAAACCACCCAGUGGAACUUUUAGUUGUGAAGUAGUGAACAAAUUUGGGGCUAGGUGCUUGCUCAGGGCACCUUAGCCAUCAACCCCAAAAGUGCUUCUCUUAAGCACUACUCCACAGCAUCCCCAACAUCCCUGAUUAAAAGCAUUUAUACUUUGGUCCCAUAGUUGUUAAAUGUCAAAAAUGAUCUGCUGUGGAGGAAAUAAUUCGUUUCAGUCUGCCAUGUGUUAUCUCAAUUCAGUCAAUUUUAGACUCUAAGAAUCCAACACUGUGAUGUGAGGUAUUUACACCAGUAAUAUGAGUAGUAAAAGGCUCCGUCUGCUCACUGUGCCAUAAAGGGGGAUGGUCUCUGAAAACGCUGAGGGAUUAGUGACAUGUCUGUGGGAUGCUGCCGUAGUUGUCAGAUGUGUGAAGUGUUACUACUGCAUCCAUCCUGUAGAGAGCGCUGCUUAGCCUCUGGAACACUGAUAGUCUGGCUCUGUGACUUAAAGGCUGACUGAGAAACCUUUCAUCACCACUGAAGAAGCUACAGUAGAGAUCCAUAUUGUCCUCAUUUAAACAAGCACUAUAUUAUCGUGUCUGGAACACUAAAUAUUAUCAAAAUGAUACAGAUCAUGUACUGCUCCCCUAAAAACAACAAAAAAAAAUGUCUUGUGCACUUUGAACACAGUCAGUGAUAUAAAGUGGCUUUACUGUGUAUUGGUAAUUCAUUGUCAGCUGUGUACUGUACAUGUGUGCUUCAGAGAACAAACCAGUCUUGGUAGUUAGAUGAAGUUAUGAUAAUCAAACAGCAAAUGAUCAAAUAGUCAAUAACAAAAAAGACUACUAAAGCACCAUUUAAGCAUAUUUAAUAUUCUACUGUUCUCUCUAAACCAUUCCAGUAAGUUGCCUGAAAGUAACACACGUCACAUGAGACAAGCGUGACUCAUAUAUGAAAACAAUAAUGUGAACCUUUUUUCAGGAGCAGAAGAACUAAGGUAUGAAAGCACUUUGAUAGGUGUAGGCGAUGGUGGAUUAUGUGUGUGUGUACAUAUAUAUAUAACUAGGAACACAUUGUAGUCCUACUGUGUUUCGGAAGCUCUGUUUAGGAGCGUGUGACCACAUGAGGGGCUGAUAUAAGUGUUUAAAGAACACAUUGGUGGCCCUUUAUCUCGGUCAGCUUAGUGGAUAUUAAUGGAUCUGUGGUUGUUGUGUUGUGCUAACGAUGGUCUAACACUCCACUCUCCAGUCUGCCCUCAUGUUGUUCCUGUUAACAUUCUCUGGUUCUUACGUUCUGGCCAAGCUACAAAGCGUUUACUUAGACAUGGUCGGUUAAAGGACCUUGCUGAACUUUCAUUAAAGCUUUGGUCGCCAUAUUUGCCAGCACUGGGAGGGUUGGCAUAAAUCUACAUGCAGCUGAACAAUUUGAGAUGAACCAGUUCAACUCUGACAGCAUACUAUGUGUUUGCAAUUGCAAGGCAUUUUCCUGACACUUGCAUCAACGCAGUGAUCUAUAAGAGCCCCUGAUCCCUCUGUAUCCUGCCAUUCCGGUUAAAACGCUAUAUAAUAUGUUGUUGCACCAUCCCUGUAAAUGAUCCUCUGAUAUGUGUAGCAGUCUAUAAAAUGCUAUCCAGUAGAGGUAAUUAUGGUCCCAGACUUCCCUCUGGACCCCCUGCUCCUUUAAGAUAAUUCCAUCCUGGGGACAUGAGGUGUAAGUUUAUGUUGCUUUGCAGCUUGGACAGAAAGUAAUACACCAGUUCACUCUGAUGUCUCUUCACGACUGUUUAAUUCCUCAGUUAUAGCGCUUGAAUACCACCCUUCUACUAGUAUCUCACAAUGUCCCUUGUAUAUAGACACCACUAUGUUUUUAUCACUCCACAAGUAUCUCAAAUGAAUUAAAAUCAAACAAAAAAAGUCUUACUUCUUAACAGGGUGUUUUGGAUGUUGACAGAUGAGCGUUCACGUUCGUAAACCUGUCAGAGUUAAGGUUGAUGAUGCUAUUAUUAUUAUUAUUAUUAUUAUAAUUAUUAUUAUUAUUAUAGGACUGAAAGCAUAAGAAAGGAAAAGUGUACUUUUUCUUUUCUCAGAGUCUGCCUUUUUUCCGCCAAGAGAAGGGCUGCUGAAGUUUCAAGAAUGUUUUUAAAAUGUAUUAAAGAUGCAAGAUUAUGAAUACAUGUAUGAGGUUUGUCUCUGUUCUGUUUUGAAAGAUAGAUCACACGAGGCAACUCUGUUUACCGGAUUCAAACAGGCGGGCAGGAAGGGGGGGCGGUGUGUGUCACGUAGGGUGCGAUCUGACAGAUCUGACAGAAAGAGAUCUGAAGCAUCUGGAAACUUAAGUUGGGAUGGCUUUCCAGUGCAAUGUGAAAGAUACAGACACACACUGUCCAGUCCUUUCUUUCUUCUGCCGACCACCACCCCGUAGUCAGACUAACAGUAACCAGUCUUUUGGCAUGUGGUAGCAAGUGAUGUCAUGUAUUAAACAGCUCCUCUAUAGACACCUUGACAUACCUACCAACACGGGACUGGAUUAAGACAAGUCGUGGACACAUUUUGGACCAGUUUGCACUAUUAAAAACCAGAUGAUAACUUAUUGAAUGCUGAGCUCAAACUAGGUUUGAAGCACCUGAAAUGUACACAGAAACAAUCAGAACAAAAAGGAGUGUUGGUAGAUAUGCACCUGGAGCCCCUAGCUGUGUGACCCACCUACAGAGGCUUGUCAGCACCACAGCACUGAAAAGCAGCACAUUUUAAUGUGUCUUUACCACGUGUACAGCGACUUCCAGCUGGAAGUCCAAUAAAACCAAUACUCCAGCUGUUUAAAUGUCAAGGGGAGGGGAAAUAAUAAGCUUGUGCUAAAGUGUUAGUUGUAUUUUAAUCUUCUGCUCGCCCUUACUCUGUUAACUUUUGAAUUAAAAGGCCGAGAGGCCAGAGGCGACUGAACCUACUUUUCAGUACUGUGGAGGGAAUCCACUGUAGUGCGUGCUCCGUUAUUCUGUAGGGCACAACACCAUAGCAAGAGCAUGCAGAAGACAACAAACAAACUGCUGGUUGUUAGAGGCAUCCGUCCUACUAGAUAGAGCUCAUCUCCCCCUUCAAUUCUGAAUAUUUGGUAUGAAAGAGAUGUUUAUUGUGAUUAAUUGUUAACUAGUGAUGUGAAUAUUAAUCAUGGAAUAAAAAGAUGAGCAAA